CUCACCAACACCUAACGCGUCGUGGCAAUCCAGGUUGGGUACCACCACUGGGAAUGGACUCCACCAGCAACCAGCUCGCCGGCGCCGCCGGCAGCGGCAGCGGCGCGUUCAGGGGUGCUACGGCGCCGCCUCCGCCGACCAUGAUCCUGGGCGGAGAACCCUCUGACGCCCUUGUGGGCGGCGGCGGCGGCGGCGCCGGAGCCGGAAGGGACGGGGACCCCCGCGCCGCUCUCCUCCGUCUGGCUGCCCUCGGAGACCGCAUGGCCGCCGUCCGGCGCCGCCUUUAUGCCUCCCUCUCGGGCGAGUCCCGGCCCCUCUCCUCCUCCGACAUCCACUCCGUCUCCUCGGAGAUCUCCUCCGCCGCUCAGCUCGUCGUCUUCAACGCCGCAUCGCUCCUCGCUUCCUCCCUCCCCUCCCCUUUCCCCGCUCCACCUCCUCCAGCCUUUGCUCCGGCUCCCGCUCCCGCUCCCGUCCGAGAGCUCCCCGCUGCGGCCGCCUCCGCCCAAGAGCACCCCCAAGAAGCCACCAAGGGCGACGGCGACUACGAAGUCGUUGAGCUCGACGCUGCCGAGCUUCUCGUGGAGCACGUCCACUUCUGCGAGAUCUGUGGUAAGGGCUUCCGCCGCGACGCCAACCUCAGGAUGCACAUGCGCGCCCACGGCGAUCGCUUCAAGACCCUGGACGCGCUCUCCCGCCCCGGCCAGCCGAAGCAGCCCGCCGGCCGCGAGGUGCGGUUCUCUUGCCCAUUCGCGGGCUGUAACCGGAACCGUGCACACCGCCGCUUCCGGCCGCUCAAAUCGGCGGUGUGCGCGCGCAACCACUUCCGUCGCAGCCACUGCCCCAAACUCUACGCCUGCGACCGCUGCGGCGGCAAGAAGCGCUUCGCCGUCCUCGCCGACCUCCGCAGCCACCUACGCCACUGCGGCGAGGAGGUGCAGUGGCGCUGCUCCUGUGGCACCACCUUCUCCCGCAAGGACAAGCUGUUCGGCCAUCUUGCCCUCUUUGAAGGCCACGCUCCAGCCAUCACCGGGCCGAACAAGGAUGUGGUGACAGGACCUACAAAGGCAUGUCUUGAUGCGAUGGAGGAAGGAGGAAUUGAAGAGAAUUGUGACCGGGAGGAGGAUGAGGAGGGCGGCUAUGAUCCAGAGUUCUUCAAGGAGUGGAUGGAGGAGCUCAAAGGUGGUGAUGCUGGCUCGACUUGGCCUGGACUGGCAGCAGCCAGGCAAUAGCAAUGUAGCGAGGGCUAUUUGGGGUUGAUAACAACAAGGGGCAUCAGUUUGCAUUAUAUGACUGGAAGAAUCAAUAAAGAAUGGGGUUGUGAAGAACAGAGGUGUUUUUACCCGUGUAUGUGUGUGCUCUAACUUGUAUUGUAUGCUGCGAGAGCUGCCUUGCCCUGUCUAGUUUUUUCUUUAUAGUUCACCUGGCCUAACUUAUCAUUCGCGGUUGCUUUCUUA